AUGGGCAAUAUAUUUAGUUCUAUGUUUGAUAGGCUAUGGGGUGUGAAUAAGGAGUUGCGAAUCUUGAUAUUAGGUUUAGAUGGUGCUGGCAAAACUACAAUCCUUUACAGACUACAAGUGGGGGAAGUCGUAACUACAAAACCUACAAUUGGUUUCAAUGUCGAAACCUUAACAUAUAAGAAUUUGAAGUUGAAUGUGUGGGAUCUUGGUGGCCAGACUAGUAUCCGACCAUAUUGGAGGUGUUACUAUGCCAAUACUGCAGCAGUUAUUUUCGUUGUUGAUUCAACGGAUAAGGACCGUAUGUCGAUAGCAUCUAAGGAGUUGCACAUGAUGUUACAAGAAGAGGAACUUCAGGACGCAGCAUUGUUAGUUUUUGCUAACAAACAGGACCAACCUGGUGCAUUAAGUGCUUCUGAGGUUUCUAAGGAAUUGAAGCUUCCUGAAUUGAAGGAUAGGAGUUGGAGUAUUGUUGCGGCAAGCGCGAUAAAAGGUGAGGGUAUAACUGAGGGUCUUGAUUGGUUGAUUGAUGUUAUUAAGGAAGAACAGUUAUAA